CUGUGGGGCGGGGGGAUUACGGCGUAGGUUGCGGUUCUGUGUAGCUUUAGCGUCGGUUUGCAGUCGACGCAUUAUGGACGCAGAGACAAAAAUAUAAGUUAGAUCUACGACGAUAUAUUCAAAACGUCGAUUUAAUGUAUAUAUUUAAAUUAAUAUUCAACGGAUUUUUGCUGCAGAGUGAUUAAGAUUACGGUUAAGAAGGUUUAGCGAAGUAGCUAGCUCGUAGUGCUAGCUGAACUAGCUUCUUGCUAGCGGUGUUUUAACGUUAGCUUCUCGAAUAACCUUGGUGAGCUUUAUUUCAGAGUCCUGGUUUAUUUUCCUGUCUGCAGGACCGUGAGCAGUGUGAAGAUGGUGAGACCUCACUCAGGUUCUCCUCGUUCCAGACAGAGGUCCUUCUCUGACAGCGGUCACGGCGAGCACCGUGGAGGGCGAAUGGGUCCGUCUUCUAGGGGAUUUCGAGGCCCCCCAGGUAAGGCCCCUCCCAGCUGGAGAGAGGGCAACAGCGGAGGACAUUCGCCUUACCCCAGGGACAAGAGACCUCAGAUGGGAGAACUGAGAGAGAGACCGCACGGACACUGGACGCAUCAGAACCAGGAUAACUUCAGACCGUACCCCAUGUCUCAGGAUUCUCAGCGUGGCCGCAGGAGGUCCUCCCCGCCCCGCUCGAACCGCCCUCCCCCUGUCCAGCACCGCCACUCCCCUCACGGACCAUCAGCCCACCACAGGCCCUUCCACGGGAACCAUUCCGGCCACGUUUCUCCUUCUUCCCGAUAUUUCCACAGCUCUCCGUCAGACCGCAGGGGUCCGUCGCCACAGAACACCUUCAGAGCCCCGCAACGAUACCAAAACCCUCCCCAUGAGCAGGAGAGGAGCUGGGGUCCUGGAAGGCAAGCAAGCCCCAGGGAGAGGCCCCUCGGGCGUCCGGCCCACGGAGGGCAUCGCUGGAAUGGCCCAGGGGGUUACCCUCACCACAACGGGGAGCCCAGGCCCUCUGACUUGCCCCAGAGAAAGCCCAGAGAGUUCCAUGAGAGGAACUCGUAUCCAGAGAGGUGGUCUACAGAGAGAGAUCCACGGAAGCAGCACGGAGACGCCGGCAGGGGGCGAGGGAGGGGAAGGCCCGGGUACCACGCCCCCGAGUGGCCGCGUAGGGAAGGGGGCAGCCCGUACCCUCGCCCCCCUUACAGAUCUCCUUCAUGGAAAUCUGGUCCACCGUCUUCCUCCAACUCGUCUUCCAGAUUCCUUCCACCUCCACGCCCGCAGGAGAGGCUUCCCAUUCGUCCCAUGAAGAGGAGGAUUCAGGAAAUGGGACGCCCGCCGCCGCCCGAGCUCGAGCACGGACCGCCCAAACGCUUCCGUAGAGAGAUGCCGGUGCGCCCGAUGCCUCUUAAAGGUUUCGGAGGUCGCGGCCUGUCCCUCAAGGACAAGUCCCGGCUGUUGAAGGGGCGCAAGUUCAGAGCGGAAUCCGUCGCGCGGUUCAAAAUGCCCCCACCGAAGCCCAGGCCUUCGGACAAGAUGCAGAGGAACAAGAUGCAGGAAGCAGAGCACGUGGGCGAAUCCUCCAGACCCCCGCCUCGCAAGAUUCCUCUGAAGAAAAGUGUGAAGAGGCAACCGUCUCGAGAGUCACCCACAGACACCGACUCCAAAUCUGCCGAUCCUGAAAUGGACUCCGAGACACAGGUGGAAUCCCGGCGCUCUGUACGAGCACGCAGCUCUUCACCUCUAGACAGACAGCUGACCCAUGACCUGGUCGUGGUUUCUCACUGGGAAGCCGGGACUAGAAGCUCGAGUCCUAAGAGCAGUACUUCCUGGAAGAGCAGAAUGUCCCAUAAUAAUAAUAAUAAAACUGGUGAGAAUCCAAAUCACCGCUUUGGAAAUUCAGCACGUGACCAGAAGCAGCGACGGCCAAUGGACGGUCCGGGAAAACCGUUACGGAAGCCCGGUUCUUUUCAGAAACCCGGUUUCCGUCCUGGCCCUGUACUCCAGAAGGGUCCUGAUGGUGUGUUCAGGAGACCACUGAUGGCCACCAUACUCGCGCGUCCGCCGCUCCAUCAGAAACCCGCGUUCCGGAAAAGUCAGAGCAUCAUGACCAAGUACAGGAACAUGCAGACGCUCCGCCACAAAGCCCCGCCGCACCCACGCCAGGCCACGAGCUACCGCCGCUGGUGAACUCGAAACCGAGUGUCUGGGUGGAGAGCGUCGCGCUCGUGUGUUGGCAGAUAACUGGAUUUCUAUCCCGAGAGCGUCUCUGUUCUUUCCCAGAAUUCCUCUCUGCGGUUAUUAUUGUGUGUGAAGCAUAUCACAGCUGCCAAAGUUUACUUUAAUACUUUAUUCAUGCUUUAGGUUUCCGUCUGGUGAUUACACACACACACACACACACACGGCGUGAGUUGUGAUGUUGUACAGAAGAUUGUGAGUGUUUUUUUUUUUUUUUUUGUUCUUUUUUAGCGAGAUGUAGUCGGAACGGUGUGAUUAAAGCGUCCGAGGCUGGCAGCGAUAAUAAUCCGAAGUCUGAUGUUUAAUGAGUUCCUUUAGUUCAUCACGUCUUUAUUUUGUUCUUUAAAGCUCUUUGUACAGCUCUUUAAUUGUGUACAUUGUUUAUAGAGAUUUCAAUAAAACAACUGGAACUUUUGUGUCA